GUAUGUUUGAUAAUCAAAUUUGAUAAUCAUAUUUAAUGUUACAAGCAAGGCAGCUGCGGUGAGAAACGGUGAGGACCACGGUAAACCUUCCUGUUGGAAUACAGCGGCGGAUCUGGUUAUAUAUACCCCACAUUACAUGCUUUUUAGAUGUUACAUGGAUAUUAACUAGUAACUACAGCUUACAUACCUAACUACCUACUAGGUAGGUACAAUACAUACCUACAUAUGUAGGGUAGUACACAGUAAUACAGUAAUACAAAUCAUUUAUAGGGCAUCUGGAGCACUGAGGGUAUCUCCAUAGGUUCCUACCUAGGGUACUGAGCACAUACACCGUUCUUUAAACCCAAGAUCCAUCAGAGUUAAAACCAGAACCAGAACCAGAUUUAAAACUAGAACUAUGGCCGAUCAUGCCAAGGAGAGGACUUACCUCUCCUUAAUCGAAUCAUGCGACAACUUUCCAUAUGAUAUCGUGCCUUCAGAGGUAUAUUAUCAAUUAUUCCUACCCGAUGAUGACCAGCCACAUGGAUAUCUCCUGCCGGAGACAGUCCAGAAGAUGCCAUGGACCCCCCGUUUCCAUGUCAAUCACAACAGUCCCGGGCGAAGUGUCACAGUCCUAGACUCAUCCAAUGGAACCGACCCCGCGGGCGCGGUCAACCUGGCCUUCCAAGAGCUGAUCGACGAAUGCAUUGAGCAGGACCUCUUCCACGUCAUAGCCGGCAAGCACAGCGAGCCCUUCUCCAUCGUGAGCGCCAAGCACCCGAUCCACCUGGAGCGCUUCGCGUCCGCCCUCUUCGGCAUCACCGGUCGCGGCGCGUACAUCAUAGCGUACACGUCCGACCACGACGACGGAUCCACUACGAAGAAGAAGAAGAUGAAGCUCUGGAUCCCCCGUCGCGCGGCCCACCUGUACACGGGCCCCGGCAAGCUCGACGUCACCGUCGCAGGCGGCAUCAAAGCGGGCUCCACCCCGCUCGAGACCAUGGUGCACGAGGCGGACGAGGAGGCCUCGCUGCCCGAAGCCCUCGUGCGCGAGCGCGUCCGCCCCGCCGGCGCCCUCACCUACAUCAACGCCACCUCCUCCGCCGCCGACGGGUUUCCCGGCGAGAAGGGGCUCGUCGUGCCCCUCGUCAUCUACACCCACGACCUCGAGCUGCCGCCCGACGUGAUUCCGACGCCGAAUGAUGACGAGGUGGAUGAGUUUUAUCUGAUGACGGUCGAGGAGGUGCAGACGGCGCUGUUGAGGGGGGAGUUCAAGGCCGACUCGGCGGCGGCGCUGGUGGAUUUCUUGGUGAGGCAUGGCGUGCUCAAUGCGCAGAAUGAGAAGGAUCUUGUGGAGAUCUGUAUGCGCUUGCAUCGGAGGCUGCCAUUUAGGUUGCCCUAAGGGAG